CGCGGGUCGCUGCGCAGGGAGGAUUUCAGGUGGGGUAGGGGGGCCGGGUGGGUCUAAAUAGUGCCCGGCCUGCGCUCCCAAACCCCGGGGCCUGGGGGGCCCGCCCCUGAGUGGCGCGUGGCGGGGAGCUGUCCUCAGAGCGGUGGCCGGGCCGGCGGCGACUUGUGGUAGAGCCCCGGGAAGAGGUAGCGGCCUCCACGAAGCCAAGCCGUCCGAGGUAACCUAGAAGUGGCUUCCGCUUCGGCGCCGGCUCCGGAGCCCCCGAGAGACGCCGGCCGCUGCUCGGGGCCGCUGCACAGCGGCCGGUGGUGUUUCCGAGCCGGGCGACAGGACUGUCUGGGGCGAGGCCCGCCGUCAGGCUCGUGAGGCCGCUCUCUCCAAAGUUUGUGCGGGCGGCGCCCGGGGCCGCGCGGCGGGAGCCCGCUCGGACACUGCCCGCAGGCACAGUGCUCGCGGGCGCGCCAGGGCGGUCGUGUCCACUUUCCCGCCUCCGCCGGCGUUUCCUUUACUGGCUGAUGUUACUGCGGGAGAAACGGGCGGUCCAGCCUCAGUCAGAUCAGCUUCCUCUGAUGCAAAAGCCUGGGAAGUGUCCCCAGCACCUCAGAGCCAUCGGGGGCCGGCCGUCUGUGAACAUCUUGGCUUCCUGGGCAGAAUUUCGGUGUCCUUUCUACUGGAUCACCUCAGGGAAAGUGAGCCUCACGAAGCUCUCCUCAGCCUCGCUUAGAGGUCUAAAUGAGCCCUGGAGAAAGGAAGAAGAUCCUUUUAUUGAUUUUGUUCCAGACCAGACUGGGCCUCAGUUGUCAGAGGUAGUGCUGGAGGUGUGUCCAAUACAGGAGCAGAAUUGUUCCUCAAGAAGAAUGAUGACCAUAGAUCUGAAGGUGGCUGAGUACUUGAACCCUCAGAUCAGGACUCGGUGGGAGACCAAGGGACCUGUGACAGGGAGCUCCAGUCAGGAUAAGAAAUAUGCCCCCCAAACGGACAGUCUCAGUCCUGAGAGGUCUCACCAGCAUUUCCGGAGCUUCCUCUAUCAUGAAGCAGCUGGACCCCGGGAGGCUGUUGACCAGCUUCUGGAAUUAUGCCGUCGGUGGCUGAGGCCAGAGAUUCAUUCAAAAGAGCAGAUCUUGGAACUUGUGGUGCUAGAGCAGUUCCUGUCCAUUCUGCCCAGGGACACCCAGACCUGCAUAAAGAAGCACCAUCUGCAGAGCAUCGAGGAGGCUGUGGUCCUGGUAGAACACUUGCAGAGGGAAUCUGGUCAAAUGAGGAAUGGGGUUGCAGACCAUGAGCUGGGAAAGGAGGCAGUGCUCUUGGGAGAAACAGCAGAGGCCCUAGGCUUCAAGCUGAAGCCAGCAGAGGCCCAGCAAGUGGGCAUGUCCCAGGAUGAAGAAUUUUGGAAUACACACCAGAGUCUACAAGAGCUGCUGAUCAGGAAUACCCACAAAGAAACUGAGCCCAUAUGUGAGAGGGAAAUGAGCCUAAGAUAUUCAGAAACAGAAGCGAGAGAGAUUUCCUGUGGCUCUCCUUCACCCACAGCGGUGUCUGCUCACCGGAUCCUAGCCUUUCCUGAGCAGACAAACACCAAAGACUGGACAGUGGCACCUGAGCUCAUCUUGCCUGAGUCCCAGAGCUUGUUGACAUUUGAAGAAGUGGCCAUGUAUUUUUCCCAAGAAGAAUGGGAGUUACUGGAUCCUACUCAGAAGGCCCUCUACAAUGAUGUAAUGCAAGAAAACUAUGAGACUGUCAUCUCUCUAGCAUUAUUUGUGCUCCCCAAACCUAAAGUGAUCUCCUGUCUAGAGCAAGGGGAAGAGCCAUGGGUUCAAAGAUCCCUGGGGUUCAAGGACAAUUCUGGAGAGCUGCCUACAGGGCUAAAGCUCAAAAAUGACACUGAAAAUCUUCAGCCUCUAUGUCUUUCUGACUUAGAAAUACAAGCACCAGUAGAUAUAGCAUCAAAAAAGGCCAGAUUGAAAGUCCCUCAGAAAACUAUGGGCAAAGAAAAUCAUGGUGAUGUGCAUAGGGUGGGGAAAUGGCACCGAGAUUUUCCAGUGAAGAAAAAAAAGAAACUUUCAACCUGGAAACAAGAGCUGCUGAAACUUAUGGAUCUUCACAAAAAAGAACGUGCAGGAGAGAAGCCUUUUAAAUGCCAGGAAUGUGGGAAAAGCUUCAGAGUUAGCUCUGACCUUAUUAAGCACCAAAGAAUUCACACUGAAGAGAAACCAUAUAAAUGUCAGCAGUGUGAUAAGAGGUUUAGGUGGAGUUCAGAUCUUAAUAAGCACUUAACAACACACCAAGGAAUAAAACCAUAUAAAUGCUCAUGGUGUGGGAAAAGCUUCAGUCAAAAUACAAAUCUCCACACACACCAAAGAACUCACACUGGAGAGAAGCCCUUUACAUGUCAUGAAUGUGGAAAAAAAUUCAGUCAAAAUUCCCACCUUAUUAAACACCGGAGAACUCACACAGGUGAGCAGCCUUAUACCUGUAGCACAUGCAGGAGAAACUUCAGCAGACGCUCAAGCCUUCUUAGACACCAGAAACUCCACCAGUAAAGGGAAGCUUGUUCAGUGUCCUCAGUCUGAAGAAAUUCACCAAGUGGAGCUUGACCUUAAAGUUAUGAAAAGUACAAAAUUAUGAAGCAUGAAGAAUUUUUCAUCAGUGGAAUUUUUCAUCAGGAAACUUUGGGAAAUAAACAUGUUUCACAGAAGGAAUCAAGGUUGAGUCUGCAGGGAAUGUGUUAGUAGUUGUACUACUUGCUGUUUUUACUAAAAACUUUCAGGGAAUUCCUUAACAGGAGAGGUGUUCUGAGAACAUUCAGAGUAAAGGGGAAAGCUGUUUUGGGAUUGUAUUUGGCAAAAUAGCAAAUUCAGCUUCAAAUAGUGGAUGCAGCCAUGAAUUCUUCUGUGGUCACAGAGGUGAAUAUUGUUGGUUUGCAUUGAUUUCCCCAGCCACUCUUAAACAUACAUGUUAGAAACAUUUGUAGCAUGGUCUUCCAAAACAGAAAGCAAUAAUAUGAUGUUUAAUUGCAUACCGUUGUCUUCCAGGUUUACCAAUUUCAAUAAUCUCAUGGGCAGAAAUGAAUUCUAAUGUAAAAUUUUUGAAGAAUCAAAUUGGAUUUUCUUAACUGUCCUAUCAUCGGGUACUGUUCACAAAUUUGGACAUUGUUUGAGUUCCUUUUUUAACUUUUUAGCAAAUUCAGCUCUUGAAUCCUAUUAGAACAGUUUUUACUGUGAUGAAAUCAUAUUUACUUCACCAAUAGGGAAUCUGCCCAGGUGAACUAAUCACUAUUGUAUGCCUCUCUGGUGGUGGAUGGAAAAGGGAGAACACCUCUAAGAAGGAGAUAUUAUGGAAACGAGUUGGAAUCUUUAGCCAUGUAAAGAAGAAUUUUCUCGAGUAAAAGAAACUAGACUGUUUACUUAGGUCACAAUAUCAAUAGGAUAAAACAGCCAUGAAAAUGAGCACUUUUCCAAGGUCUAAAUGGAAAUUAAUGGCAAUUCAGGAUCACCUUCUCAGGUUUUUAUCUGUUUGCAUUUUAACUUGGCUUUUGUAUAUCAUUAAGAAGAAGGAGAGGGUUAUAUUUGUCUGGGAACUGGAGUGUUUACUGCACCAGGAUCCUGUGGGUCACAGGGCAUGUUACUCUGGGAAUCCAGUGAGCAGGAGACCAGUUCCCAAAAGCAAAGAUUUGGGAGAGGAAGCUGAGUGGUAGGCAAGGACGGACAAAUACACAUCUAUGUUGGCUGACUUACACUGUAACUGUUAAACAGGAAGGGUCAUCCUUCUGUUUUCUCCAUCGUAUCAUGUAACAGCCUUAGUGUACAUAUUUGAUAGAUUGCUGAAAACCUCUGUAGGCUGUGGAUUUUCUUGUAGCUCCACCUUUUAUCUACAACAGUGAUGCCGGUGUGUUCCUGAUAGAGCAUCUAGGUGUAAUCAGGAAAGGAGUUAAACAAGGAAAUAAGGCUCAAAAGAGAUCCAGAGGCUUGUUAAGACCCCAUAGCUAGUGGGUCUGUUGGCUGUCACUUAGCUGCAUCAGUCAGGCCUGAGGGCAGGAUUAGUAGGACUCAUCGGUAUGUUGUCCCUGCCCAGCCAGCCUGGAUGACAUUGUAUUGUAUCUAUUUCUAUUUCUAGCUUGUAAAACAUUCCUGUUUCUUGACUGGUUACUGAAACACUCUUAAAUCUCCAGUUUCCAUAUGAAAUAGAGAUAACACUCAACUCAGGUUUUUUCUGGGGAUUAGAGGGGUUGAUGAAGGAAAAGCACCUAACGGCCUGGGCAAUAGCAGGGUCUCAGUCAGUGUGCGUGUCCUUCCCUUUCCCCUGGUCCCCAGUGGUAUGUUGGGUGGACUGACUACAUUCAAGGAGCAGAUGCAUUUGUGACUGUUGCAGCUCCUUCCAGGAGCUGAGCACUCGUGGUGGUGGUUUGCUCGGUUGAUUUGGUCCUUGGCUUCAGUGUUUUAUGGUGUAAGUCACCUGAGGUUUUGGUCUGCCGCUGUCAGCAGGAUUUCAUUUUCUUCUCUAAGAUGAUCUGUACCAGUAUACCAAUGUGCUUAUUUCUUAAGCUCAGCCAGCUCUGCAGCUCUGGUCUGCAUAGCUCUUACCCAACAGUCUCAGCCUUACACCCCUGGGACUCUGUUUCUUCUCCCAAGAUAUACAUGUGGAUUUCUUGCUGACACUGCAUUGAUUCAUUCAAGUUAAUGAGGGCCUAUUAUGUGCCCAGGUAGUCUUCUAAACUAAGGAUAUAGUAGUGGACAAGGAGACAAAAUGCAUAUCCUCAUGGAGCUUGUAUCCUAGUGAA